CGGCGGGUGUGCGCGUGAAGAGCGGGCUUGGUGACAGCAGGCGGUGGGAGGCGCGGGCGGCCACUGUGACCCAGGGCAGUGACAGACGAGGGGACUGUGACCCAAGGGCAGGACCCGGGGAUCCUGCAAGCCGGGACGACCGGGGCGCGAGCGCAGGCUGCGAGCGUACUUGGACCGAGGAAGCGGGAGGCAGUGACUGCGGGGACUGGGGCCGCGGCCAGGGACCUGGAGCGGAGCCGGAGCGAUGUCGUGACCGUGCCAGGCCGACCUCGGGGAGCAGGAGCCGCGGCUGCCGGCGUCCUGCGCAGAGAGAUGACCUGAAGGAGCGGAGUGUGGGAUCCGCGACUGGCAUGGUAAUUCCACUGUCUACCAUUAGUUAAAAGAAGAUGGAUGCACAGACUUCAGCCAAAAUCAAUACGAGAAAGAGGAGGAAAGAGGCACCUGGACCCAAUGGGGCAACAGACAAAGAUGGAAUUUCUUCUAAAAUGCCACGCUGUGCAUUUGGCUUACGACAACCAGCUCCUUUUUCUGAUGAAAUUGAAGUAGACUUUAAUAAGCCCUAUGUCAGGGUGACUAUGGAAGAAGCCAGCAAAGGAACUCCUUGUGAACGGCCUGUGAGAGUUUAUGCAGAUGGCAUAUUUGACUUAUUUCAUUCUGGUCAUGCCCGGGCUCUGAUGCAAGCAAAGAACCUUUUCCCUAAUACAUACCUCAUUGUAGGAGUUUGCAGUGAUGAGCUAACACACAACUUCAAAGGCUUCACAGUGAUGAAUGAAAAUGAGCGUUAUGAUGCAGUGCAGCACUGCCGCUAUGUGGAUGAGGUGGUGAGGAAUGCCCCCUGGACCCUGACACCAGAGUUCCUGGCAGAACACCGGAUUGAUUUUGUAGCCCAUGACGACAUCCCAUAUUCUUCUGCUGGCAGUGAUGAUGUGUAUAAGCACAUCAAAGAAGCAGGUAUGUUUGCUCCAACCCAGAGGACAGAAGGCAUCUCCACAUCAGACAUCAUCACCCGAAUCGUCCGGGAUUACGAUGUGUACGCCAGAAGGAACCUACAGAGAGGCUACACCGCCAAGGAGCUUAAUGUCAGCUUUAUCAAUGAGAAAAAAUAUCACUUACAGGAGCGGGUUGAUAAAGUUAAGAAGAAAGUGAAAGAUGUAGAGGAAAAGUCAAAAGAAUUUGUUCAGAAGGUAGAAGAGAAAAGCAUUGACCUCAUUCAGAAAUGGGAGGAGAAAUCCCGAGAAUUCAUUGGAAGUUUUCUGGAAAUGUUUGGUCCUGAAGGAGCACUGAAACAUAUGCUGAAAGAGGGGAAAGGCCGGAUGCUGCAGGCCAUCAGUCCAAAGCAGAGUCCCAGCAGCAGCCCCACUCGUGAACGCUCCCCAUCCCCUUCUUUCCGAUGGCCAUUUUCUGGCAAGACUUCCCCGCCUUCCUCCCCAGCAAACCUUUCCAGGCGCAAGGCUGCCACCUGUGAUAUCAGUGAGGAUGAAGAAGACUAAUUUUUUCAUCCCUUUCAUUUCCCUUCCUUCUGUUCUCAUCACCUUCAGAAGCUCUCUGUUGAAUUACAAAUUGUGACCCCAACACUAAACCUAAGGACAGAUACAAAGAAAAGACAACUGGGCAAGAGGAAUGGGAAGACCAGACAUCCCAUCCUCCAAGAGACAUCACCCACUCACACCAAGAUGGAGGCUGACUGACUACACCUUAGAAGCCUGUUCUGCAUCCAUAUACCUUCCCCAAGGACUUUGCUUUACUGUUUAUGUUCAUGUGAUCUUGACAGGGAAAUUGUCAUUUUUAUUAAUUUUUAAAAAUUAGUCUUUGAAAUGUAGUAAGUAGAAUUAAUUUUUUGCCCUUGAGGAGUGGGCAGAAGGAAGUGAUGUCAUACUCGGAGGCCUUUUAAUCCUGGUACUUUCUAGUAUUUGUUUCUGUGCGGAGGCCAGUCCUUCAAGCAAUGAGCCAAUGGGUUAUGCUGAUGGAUUAUUUGGGGGGAAUAUAUCAAAAUUUUGUUUUCCUUUAAAAAAAAAACUAAAUGCUGAAUCACAAAUUCCCAAAAUAUACUUGCUGGCACAUGUGUCAAUGUAACUGUAGAAAGGUCAUCUGAGCCUAUUUUUUUACUCCCUGAGGAGUUUCUUGUUAGACCCAGUGGGGUCCAUGGCGGUAGAACUAGAUCACAUGGCAUCAUCUGCACUUUUUCAGCUAUAUUUGUCUUCUCAGAAAACUUUGUUACCCAACAUCUGCACUUUUUCAGCUAUAUUUGUCUUCUCAGAAAACUUUGUUACCCAACUAUUUGGGGACCUUGUCAGUCUUUUUUCUUCAGUCUGCCUUUAUAGGAAUGAACAUUUUCAGGGUUACUGAUUGAGGAGGGGAGUGGGACAGCACUCAAUACCAUUACUAAAUCAGGUUAGAUUAGUGAUCCCUGGAUUAAGUCUCUGGCCCUGCUAGUCUUAUUUCAGGACUCUCACCUUGCUUUUUACAAGGAUAAAUGUCUAGACUUUGAACAUAACCUGUUCAUCCUUGUUGCACAGAGCCUUACUGAAAAUGAGCUCUUCACAGAACUAGAUGGAAAAACAUAAGGAAAAAUUCCUUUUCUGAAGCCUUAUCUUGAUUUCUGCUCCUGAGAAUGUUCUUGGCUGAAACCACUGUACCGUGGGCUUCUUAUCCUCUGAGAGUUGCUGUAGAUAGAAACUUCCCUUUGCCUGCCCCUUCAGCAGAUCAUAGAGCACAAUUUUCACAUACAAGGAUGAUAGGCUCUCUCCCUCUCCAUAUGUGCCUGGUGGUGCUGGUCCCACCUCCCCGUCGGGUUGCCCAGCAAACUUACCACUUAAGUUUCACGUUAGAGAAUGUUGACCCUUCACACUUGCUGUAGAGCAUGAGCUUCAAACCUCAGCAUCCUACAACUGUACAGCCUCACAGAUCAUAGUCCAUCAGUUAUCCUGGAGUUGGACUCAGGAGGACAUUGCUUAUGUCCAAGCUUCACCCAGUCAUUCAUAAAUACCCCUUUUGGGGGUGGAGUUUCAGUGUUUUCAGCUAAGAAAACCACACUUUAAUUUUCCAUGUCCCUUUGUUAAGGCUAUGAGCAUGAAAUUUCAUAGUACCCUCCCUAAACACUGGUGAAAUCCACUCUUUCACCUGAGGUCAGAGGCUUGAUCAUGUUGCCUGCACUCCAGGACUACCCAGGUUAUUGAAAGGUCAGAUCCCACUGAUAUGCUCAGCAGAGACACAGAGGAGAAACCUCUGGUCCUGAUGACCUAAGAAAAUGACCAUUCUAAAACUUUUCUCAUAAAGUGUGGUUUUUGCUAUCAACUCUGGUUUACAUUAAAUUUGACUUGGAAUGGAAAUAGUUGAAAUUAAUAUUUCCCAACAUUGCCCAGAUUCAAAUGAUUACUUAUUUUAACUUUUCUGCUACUUUUUCCCCUGUUGAGAGUUCUGCUUAUCUCAUCUCUGGUAUGGAAAGGCAGUGAAGUCACUGAUGAUGUCCACCUACUUGUUACCUCAUAGUACACCUCUAAUCUAAGUGUAUUUGGGCAGGGAGGCACCUGUAGUCACUCCCCUCCAGUACAUUAUCUGGGUUAAUGUUUGUAUGGUCCUUGGCACUGUCAGUGGCUGCCUAUGGAAUAUGAUCUACCUAUGAGCUAAAAAGCUCUGAGAGAUGGCCAGGGUCAAGAUGGGGGCAUCUUUUUGGAAAACUCCCUCAACACCUCUGGUGAGCCCUUCCUGCCUCCAUCUUCUGACACUAGAAUAUUUUACAUGAUUGUGACCAAAAGCAAGAAUUUUUGUGAUGCAUCAUGUUGGAACCUUUGGAAUAAAGGUCCUGGACAAAGAUAGGUGGGGAGAAGCUGCUGGAAUUAUGGACUCAUUGAUCCUUUGUGCCUAAUUAAAUGAAGCUAAAGGUUCAUGUACCCUCCAUGUCUAUGAUCUGUAAAUGCCUGAAUGUUACUGCUUGAGGUUGUGGUCUCUGUUCCUGAAUCCCACACAUUAAGCAGUCAUCCCUGUAGACCAAAUGUGACUGAGAUGGGAGCAUCUUACAAUUUGUUUGACCUCCAACCUUUUCUCUGCAAGAUCCAAGGAGAAUGGAAACAGACCUGUAGUCUUGGUGAGGUGAUGCCUGCAGUUACCACAAAAAAUUCUUUUCAUACAUUAGACACAAUGUAGAGCAGAGUUGCAGUUUUAGAGGAGCAUUUAUAAAUUGCAGCUGACCAUUAUUUAGCUGGGGUCAGAAGGCUGGGGAUGUGUGUGGUUGAAAAUCCUGAAGAAAAUGGAAAAUAGGAAGGAGGUAGAGCAAUUUUGACCUUUUAUGAUUUCUGACUUCUUAAGAGCAGCAUCUGAAUGACAUUUUCUUAUUUGAUUUGUCAGUUGAUCAGGCCUUCUCUGGAUUUUCCUUCUAGAAAUGACUUCUUACUGUGCUUUUGUUACUCCUCCUGGAGUAAUCUUGAUUUGUGGGCAGUUUUUGUCUUUCUGAAGCUCAUUGCCAUUUUAAUCAUGUUCCAGAUCCCAUACUUAAAAUUUUAAACCAAUUAUAUUUCAUUACUUUAAUUCCCUAAAAGCCAUAUUUCUAAAUUUUGUUGUUAUACAUUGGUACCAGAAGUUGAACAAAUACAGCAGGAAAAAAAAAAUGCUUUUAACAGUGUUUUUAACUAAUGGUAUUUUUUUUAACUUAUCAAGAUAAGUAUUUUUAAAGGUUAUAUUUUUCAAAAUCAUAUAAUGAUUAUUAUUUUUUUCUCAUAGAUUAUCAAGGAAUAAAGAGUGGUCUCAUUUCUAUUUUUUGAAAUAACUAGAACAUGUUCUUGGGAUUAUAUCUUAAUUUUCUUAAGAUUAUCUGUCUGCCAAAGUUUUACAUUAGUAUUCAGAUUGGGGUAGAAGACAAAAAAUGCCAUUGUACCAUUAGGAUAACUCAGCUUAUGUUCCUUUACGUCUAAAGAGGGCUUCCUCUCAUUCUUUGGGAGGCACAAGCUGUUUGAACAAGAAACUUUGUUGGUUUGUAUUGGGGAAUCCUAUGAAGGAAAAGAAUCUUGGAAAGAAGUUCUGGGCCUUGGCAUGGAUGUAGCCCUAUCAUAGUGCUGCAAACCCUGGAGACAGUCUCAGUUGGUGUUCAAUGUAUCAAUUUCCUGAGUAUUAUUAAUUUUUUUCAGUUCAGUUACUUUGGCUUUUUCAUCUAGCCAAAUAAAGGCAAAGUGAUUUUA